UUUAUUCCCCCAAGUGUGCGUCAUAGCCUUUAUGCUCACGUUGUACGACAAUGACGUCAUGUUAAUAAUUUUCCCUACCAGGUUCUGUGAAGAAAAUGAGUUUCGGUGCUAAGCUAAAACACAACCAGCAGAGGUCUAACGAGAAUAUCAAGAGCUUCUUCACACCUUCUCAGAAGGCAAUGGGACCGCCCAGGCAAUCUCUGCAGGUCCUCCAAUUCUCCGCUGUCAACCAAGACUUGGGAAGGUCGGCUCAGAUGGGUAAAGUCAAUCCAAAACGCAAACAGUGGAGUGCAGAACAAACGAGAGGCCCAAAGAGGGUGAAGGUUGAAGUCAAAUCCACACAAACUGAAGAAACUCAGUGUUCAACUGAUGGCAUUUCCAAUGAAGCGUAUGAGCUUAUGGUCAAAGAAACUCCACCUUCCACAUACUGGAAAGAAGUAGCAGAGGAGCGGAGGAAAGCCUUGUACAAUGUUCUACAGGAGAAUGAGAAGUUACACAAAGACAUAGAGGCCAAAGAUGAACAGAUAACAAAGCUAAAGUGUGACAAUGAAGAGCUGCAGGAGCUGGCACAACAUGUCCAGUACAUGGCUGAUAUGAUUGAGAGGCUGACUGGAAAGAGCCCUGAUAAUCUGGAGGAAUUGAGGGAUAUUGCCCUUGAUGCAGAUGAUGAUGACGACGAGGAUGAGCAGGAGGACAAUGGGGACGUUGCAACUCAGAGCGAGGACGAAGACUCGGAUUACAGCGACGAGGAGAGAGAAGAUCCCUCAGACCAUGAACAACUUGACCCCUCAGAUCAGGAUUGACUGAAACUGGUCGUGUGUGUAUAACGGGACUUUGAACUGCGUGCAUACGUUGGCACAUUUGAACUGAAGUGUUCUCUACUGGCAAAACAUGGCUAUCUACUUGACUGACUUUUCAGAGACACGGGUACAUUCUCUGAAUUGAUGCUGAUUUUAUUUUUUAAGGAAACUGAUUGGAGCUGAUUUUAGUUAUUGUGGAAGUAAAAGAUGUUCAAACUAAGAUGGUGAGGGAUUAUUUUGGAGACACAGAAGAAGAAAUGUUUCAGUAAAAUCAAUCAAGUUCCAGGGUCCUGGUGUUGUGCAUGUGGUCCUUCAGUUACUGUAGCUGGGACUAAUGCAAUUGGUCAUAGCCAUUGUUAAUCAUUUAAUAUCCCUGCCUUGUGUAUUAUAAUACAACAAUGUGAGCCCUGAAACAGUUUUCCUGUCGGGUGUAACUGUCAAGUGUUUUGGUUUACAAUGUGAACUUGUGCGUUUUAUUGCACUGUACAUAAAACAUGUAAAAUAAACCCUU